CGAGCACCGACUGUGAAACUCCCGCGUGAGACUCCACUUUGGCACGCGCGUAUCCGUGCUUGGACGAUAAAUCCCGAAGGAGGAGGAACGCGUCUCUCCCCAAGGACGCCGGAUCCAGCUGUAACCUCGGCGUCGCGGGCGAUCCUCGCGGGCGAAAGCCGCGCUCGGCCGACGGCCGCGGUCUCGAUAGCUAUCGAUAUAGGCACCUCCGGCGGAUCCGGGGGGCAAGAUGUCGGUCGGUGCGGCGGUGACAGAGCGGAGUAUCGCCAGUCGCUCGGCCGGACUGUGUUUGUGAGUAAAUAUCAGCUGAAUGCGCAGGGCGAUCCCGCGGCGACGACGUGCCGACGUGCGAGCGCGACGACGACAGUAGACGACGGGUCUGGACGGCUGUGGCGCGCGCGACGAUGGGCCUCUUCCCGACCUCCUCGCCCUUCGACGCUGACGUCGAAAAGGCAACCAACGAGAAGAACGUGACGGAAGAAUGGGGAAAGAUAAUGGAUAUCUGCGACAAAGUGGGCACCUCCAGUCAGAACGCCAAGGACUGUUUACGUUCCAUCGUCAAGAGAUUGUACUGCCAGGACCCACACGUGGUCAUACAGGCUAUCACACUGCUGGACGCUUGCGCCAGUAAUUGCGGAAAGGCUUUCCACCUGGAAAUUGCGUCCAGAGAUUUCGAGGGUGACCUGAGGAAGCUCAUUAACCACCCGCAGCCGAAAAUAGUGGAUAAAACCAAAGCGCUGUUGAAGAAGUGGGUGGAGGGUGAUUUUAAAACGGAUCCGCAAUUGAAUCUGAUUCCAAGCUUGUACAACAAGCUCAGAAGCGAGGGCCAUGACUUUUCGUCUGUCUCGGACACGCCGAAACGUUCUAGCGCUCUGAGCAGGGAUCCUAAUGUAGUAACAAAUUCCCAAGAAGAAUCAGAUAUUGCUAGAGCCAUACAGCUUUCGUUGCAAGAAAAUAAGACGCAUACUCAAAGUACUUCGUCGCAUAGUUCGCCAGCCUCUAAAAAAAGUACUAGCUUAUAUCCUAGUGUGAAUUCUGUGCUUGGGGCCUCAAGCACGUCCCAAGAAGGCAGGAAAGUACGCGCUCUGUAUGAUUUUGAAGCUGCAGAGGACAAUGAACUGACAUUCUUAGCAGGAGAAAUAAUUAACAUUUUGGACGACUCUCAUCCAAAUUGGUGGAAGGGUAGCAAUCAAAGAGGCGAAGGCCUCUUCCCCUCCAAUUUUGUUACUGCUGAUUUGUCUGUUGAGCCAGAAGAGUUUACAAAAUUGGAACAUAGUAACAAGAAAUUAGUGCAAUUUGCAGAAGAAGUAGAAGUCAAAAUGGUGAAGCGUGAACCCGAAGUGGUGGAAGUUGAAAUAGAUGAAAAGAAAAUGGACAGAUUAUUACAUCUGCUUCACGAAGCUGAUCCACAAUGUGAUACCUCCGAUCCUCAGGAAAUGCUUGAUUUAGAAGAGCAAGUUACUGCAAUGGGGCCCUUGAUUGAUGCGGCUUUGGAGAAGGUAGACAGGCGGCAUGCGCAGCUUACCCAAUUAAGUUCCGAUUUGGUUGACGCUCUCAAUUUGUACCAUACCCUGAUGAGAGAACCUCCAACGCCGUCUGGAUACACUUUGCCUAAGAUGCAGCCACACAUAAGUCCUUAUCCAUUCCACAAUCCGGGACCACCACCAACGCACAUGUUUAAUGGUAUGCCGCCUUCUCCGUUCCCCACUGGGGCUGGCACAGGUCCGGUGGGGCCGUACAACACGAGUCUGCCGAGCAACGAGUACAUGGGUCCUACCAGUAUGCCAAACAUUACUUUGCCACAACAUUUUCAUGUUCAGUCAGGACCCCACCAACAUCCGCCUGGACAUCCACAAGGAUCAUCUUUGCCGCCGCCUGAUCAAAAUAACCUCCCUUAUCAACCACAGGGCAGAUAUCCACCUCAAAGCGGCCCAGCACCCGGGCCAUAUGGUCCGCCUGGACCUACAGGACCAUCUGUAAAUCAGCAAUCACAAUAUGCUCCACCGAACGGGCAACACAUGAUGUAAAGCAAAGCUUAUGCGUUACGAACUCAACCUGUACUCUAAUUCAAAUUGUACAAUAUUACUACAAUAUUAUAAUUAUUUAAAUAAACAUACCCAAAGUAGCCAAAGAUAAUGGGUUUUUAAUAUAAAUUUUAUGUUUAAAUCUAAGAUCUACUGUUUUAACUAUAUACAUGCGAUUAAGAAACACAAAGCAGAAAGUGACUUAUGUUGUCUACAACACAUUUAGUUUUGUAACUGUUAAAUAUUUUAUUCUCAGACUGUUCAGUUUUAAUUUAUACAUUCCUUCAACUAGUUUGAUUUGUGCUAUUUAAUUGUUUGAUUCACAUUAUUAAAAAGGAAUAUUCAUUAUAAUAUUCAUAAAUGUAUCACUGUAUCUGUAAAAAUAUUUUAAAUUCUACUUUUCUCUAUGCAUUAUGUUAAAUGAUAUUUCUCUUAUAGUUUUACAUAUAUGCAUAUAUAAAUACAAAAAUAUUAAUUCUUCGUGCUUUGUUUCACAUCUAAGUUGUAAGCAUUAUUAUAUAUGUGUCAUAAAUUGUAAGUUUCGCAUUUUUUAAAUAUUAUAUAUAUUUUGAAUAUGUCUCAGCAAUGUGUCGCAAAAUACACGAAAUAUGAGAUUUUGAAAUUUAUGCAUGAAUAGAAAAGCUCAAGAAAUGUUUUAUAGUUUUCUACUCUGCCAUCGAUCAAAUGAUUGCAAAACAGGGAUUGCAGCGUGAUUAUAGGGAAACGAAGUGAUAUUAUUGUUAAAGGAGUGUUACAGUCACGAAGUGUUGUUAAGGCUUUUUAAUUAUCAAACAAUGAUUGAAACAUCUUUUGCAAGAAAAUGUCUCAAUAUGGUCUAGUCUCUCCAUUGUGUACAAUAAGACUAAUUCCUAUUAAUCGCUUAAAAAGUAGCGAGACUGCGAGAAAUUUUUUAUCGAUUGUUAAAUAAUAAGCGAUAUUUGUACAUAUACUACGAAACGUCCUGUCUCGAAUAUGUAACGGAAAUGGCCAACGCUUUUCGGCCAUUUACAAUGUAUUCAAAUUAUCAUUAUGUUAACGUGUUUUAUUCUUCAGUUCAAUGCAUAUCGGCAUGAUCAUUUAAAGCGUACGACUUCUGACGCAAAAGAGAAGAAAGAAACAUAAGUACACAACGGUGCUAUGGGUAAAAUUCACGACUCAAGUCUGAACGAAAACAUAAUUUAAGGCAUAAUUUAUAGAGGUAGAACGUACCACGACGUUUUUGUAGCAGUGAUAUUGUGUACAUCGUACAUUUAAGCGAAUAAAGAUGGAAACGAGAUAGAAAUUAAAAGCGAGACAAAUAACAGGUUCUAUGGAGAGUAGGCGCUAUUUAUGCUGUGUAUGUUACGUUACCAUUAAAGUGGCUUUAUUUAUACAAUCAA